AUGGCGCCAGGCACCCACCACCGCGCCUCCACUCUGGUGGCGCCGAAGCAGGUCCCCACCGCCAAGGCCUCGCGCCUUCCCCUGCCCGCCUACAUGCUGCACAGCCUGGCCCACGUGGAGCUGAACGCGGUGGACCUGGCCUGGGACACGGUGGCGCGCUUCGCCGCCGCCCCCCUACCCCGCGCUUUCUUCCUCGACUUUGCGCGCGUGGCGGACGACGAGUCGCGCCACCUGCUCUGGUGCCUGCAGCGCCUGGGGGAGCUGGGCCACGCCUAUGGCGACAUGCCCGCGCACAGCGUGCUGUGGGAGGGCGCACAGGCCAGUGCAGGGGACGUGGGAUCCAGGCUGGCCGUCGUGCCCAUGUCCCAGGAGGCGAGGGGCCUGGAUGCGGGGCCACGCCUGGUGGACCGUCUGGUGGGGCUGGGGGACGCCCGCAGCGCCGCCAUCGUGCGACGCAUCGCGCAGGAAGAGACCGCGCACGUCGCCGUGGGCGUGGUGUGGUUCAGGGGCGUGUGCGCCGCGCUGGGAGCAGACCCAGGCCAUGCCUUCCGCGCCACGAUAUGCACGCUGUGCCCCGACGUACUGCGCGGCCCCUUUGAGGCCGGGGCCCGUGCGCAGGUGGGGCUGCCACCUGAGUGGUACGACCCGGGCUGCUGGCCGGAGGGGGAGCGCGAGAGGCUCGCCGAGGCGCUGCGGGCGCGGAAGGAGGGCGCGCUGGACGGGCGCACGGCAGCAGAGGUGCAGGGCGGCGGGCGUGGGGACACGGCAAGGGGACCCCAGACGGCACUCUUCUCGAGCACCCUGCAAGACGCAGAGAAUCUGGGCGCCCUGCGUGCCCGCCUCGAGCACUUUGUCGCUGGCGAGACGGCGAGGGCGGCGCCUGCGUCUGCUGCGUGA